AGACUUGUCUAUUAUAAAAGGUCCUAAAGACAAGUUAUCUAAACGAUUUUCUAUGACUUUAUAUACUAGAAUCUUGUCAAAUGGGGAAAGAUGUGAUAGAGAAUGGCUUGUUUAUUCAAAAGAGCUUGACAAAGUUUUUUGUUUUUGUUGUAAAAUUUUUAAAAAAACCCAUGGAAGAGGUCAAUUAAUUAAUGAAGGUUUUGGUGAUUGGUCUCAUAUUAGUACAAGACUUAAAGAGCAUGAGACAAGUAUGGAACAUUUUAAGAAUAUGGCAACUUGGUAUGAUUUGCGUGUAAGGCUUCAAAAGAAUGAGACUAUUGACAAAAUAACUCAAAAACAGAUUAAAAAAGAGAAAGAACAUUGGAAAAAGGUUUUAACAAGAAUAAUUUCGGUGGUAAAAUUUCUUGCAAAACAUAACUUAGCCUUUCGUGGUUCAAAUGAGAAAAUAUACCAAAAGAGUAAUGGUAAUUUCUUGGGCUUAAUUGAAAUGUUGGCAGAGUUUGAUCUAGUUGUUCAUGAACAUGUUAGGCGCAUUAGCAAUGAUGAAAUACAUAUUCAUUAUCUUGGUCAUAACAUUCAAAAUGAGAUUAUACAUUUGCUUGGUUCUGCCAUUAAAUCUGAAAUCAUUAAGAAAAUAAAACAAGCAAAGUAUUUCUCCGUAAUCCUUGAUUGCACUCCUGAUGUUAGUCACCAAGAACAAAUGUCCUUAAUAUUAAGAUAUGUUGAUGUUGCUUCGAGUUCUAUUAUAAUUGAGGAGUCUUUUUUAGGAUUUUUGAAUGUGAAUGAUACAACUGGUCAAGGACUUUUUGAUGUUUUACGAAAUGAGUUGAAAGAUCUUAAUCUUGAUAUAGAUAAUGUCCGAGGACAAGGCUAUGACAAUGGAUCUAAUAUGAAAGGAAAACAUCAAGGAGUUCAAAAAAAACUUUUAGAUAUAAAUCCCCGAGCUCUUUAUACUCCAUGUGGUUGUCAUAGUCUUAACUUAGCAUUGUGUGAUAUGGCUAAUACUUGUGUUAAAGCCAGAGAUUUUUUUGGUACAAUACAACGUAUCUACACAAUAUUUGCAUGCUCUACAAAAAGAUGGCAAAUUUUAAAAGAUAAUGUAAAAGGAUUGACUCCUAAAUCAUUGUCAUCCACUCGUUGGGAGAGUCGCAUUGAUAGUGUUAGAGCUAUAAGGUUUCAAAUGCCCGAAAUAAGAGAAGCUUUAAUUCAAGUAGGAGAAAAUGAUAAUGAUUCUAAAAUAAGAAGUGAAGCUAAAUCUCUAGCGACAAAUGAGUUGAGUGAUUUUGAAUUUUUGAUGGCAAUUAUUAUCUGGUUUGACAUAUUAUAUGCUGUUAAUUUGGUUAGUAAGAAUUUACAAUCAAAGGAUGUUCUUAUAGAUGUUGCUAUUGAAAAAACAAAUGGGUUGGUUUCGUUUUUUGAGCGAUAUAGAGAAAGUGGUUUUCAUGAUGCCUUGGACAUAGCAAAAAAGAUUGCAAUUGAAAUGGACAUUGAUCCUAUUUUUCGUGAAAAGCGUGUCAUUAGAAGAAAAUGUUUUUUUGAUGGGAAUUCAACUAAUACUUCAUCUGUUGCUUCCCAAUCUCCAGAAGAAUCAUUCAGAGUUAAUUAUUUCUUAUAUAUUGUUGAUCAAGCUAUUGUUUCUCUUAACAAGAGAUUUGAACAAUAUCAAGAAUAUGAAAAUAUUUUUGGAUUUUUGUUUAGUUCUAAAAAGCUAUAUUCUUUUGACGAUGAGAGUUUAAGGUCUUAUUGUAGAGGUUUGGAAAAGGCAAUGGAAAAAGAUGGACAAUCUGAUAUUGAUAGGCUCGAAUUGUAUUUCGAGUUGCAAAUGAUUAAAGAAUGUUUGCCCAAUGAAGAUUUGGGCCCUUUAGAUAUGUUAAAGUUUGUAAAACAUCUUGAUUUUUUCCCUAAUUUAGUUAUUGCAUAUAGAAUUAUGUUGACUAUUCCUGUUACCGUUGCAUCUGCAGAAAGAAGUUUUUCAAAGUUGAAAUUGUUGAAGUCCUAUAUGCGCUCUACAAUGUCACAAGAAAGACUUAAUGGACUAGCCUUGAUAGCAAUAGAGAACGAUAUUUUGGAAAAAGUUGAUUAUGAAGAUUUGGUGGACGAUUUCGCUUCAAAGAAUGCUAGAAGGAUGGCUUUGUUUAAAUAAAAGAUUCUAAUAUAUUUUUUUUUAGUUUUGGUUUAUUUAUCAAACUGUAAGGAACG